UAUGAAAAUGCUUACUGUGAAAUGCAACCCUAUAGUUGAAAAGCACAAAAUAAAAGUAGUAAUGCAGGAAAAUAACAAAAACAACAACAUACAAGAACAAUAUUACACUACUGAUAUGUUUUGGUCCAGGCUACGGCCUACAAAUUAACACCACUUAGAAGUUUUAGCACGAUGCGCAAUUAAAUGUGUUCUGGUUGUCCACCGCUGGAUGUCUCACUUUCAUAAAAUAUAUGGAGGGGAGAGAAGACAGCGAGGGUGGAGGAGGAGGAGGUGGUGAUGGUAACAUAUAGGCUUGAUUGUUAUGCAGUGAGACUCGGUAACAGAGCUAUCAGAGAGAGAGAGAGAGGGAGGGAGAGAGAGAGGGAGAUAGAGAGGGAGAGAGAGAGAGAGAGAGAGAGAGAGAGAGAGAGGUUUCCUCUAGCAUCGGCUCGGACCGUCCAGUCUCUCUUCUCCACUUCAGAUUGGAGGUGACAGGUGACCGGGCAGUCCGUCUGCGUGUCUGUCGGAUGUUCUUGGGCAGGCUUCUUCCCACCGCGGCGAGGCUGGACGGAUAAACUCACCAUGGCGCUAGAACCGGAGGGGAACAACCGGCUCCUGCAAGACGUGCUGGCGAGACCGGGCAACGAAACGUGCGCGGACUGCGGCAAUCCAGAGCCAGACUGGGCGUCGCUGACUUUGGGUGUGUUUGUUUGCCAGGCCUGCUCGCUCCUUCACCGGAGCAUCCCCCACAUCAGCCGGGUCAAGUCUGUCCAGGACACGUGGGAUGCCAGCGAGGUGGAGUUGAUGGCUGCUAUGGGAAACAAUGCAGCCAAGGCCAAAUAUGAGCAGAAGGUUCCUGCUUUCUACUACAGACCAACACACACUGACUGCAAGCUGCUGAGAGAGCAGUGGAUCAGAGCCAAGUACGAGAGGAAUGAGUUUGAGUUUAUCGAAAAACAGGAGCCUUACUCUGCAGGGUACAGAGAGGGGUUUCUAUGGAAACGAGGAAGAGACAACGGUCAGUUUCUCAGCCGAAAGUUCAUCCUGUCGGAGAGGGAGGGAGCGCUAAAAUACUUCAACAAGCAGGAUGCCAGGGAUCCCAAAGCGGUGAUGAAAAUUGAGACCCUAAAUGCCACCUUCCAACCGGCCAAAAUUGGCAACCCCUGCGGCCUGCAGAUCACCUACCUGAAAGACAACAGCACAAGGAACAUCUUUGUCUACCACAGUGAUGCUAAGGAGAUGGUCGACUGGUUCAAUGCUAUCAGAGCGGCCAGGUUCCACUACCUACAGGUGGCCUUCCCUGGAGCAAGUGACGAGGAGCUGGUGCCCAAACUGACCCGAAACUUCAUGAAGGAAGGCUUUAUGGAGAAAACAGGUCCAAAGCACACAGAGGGCUUCAAGAAGAGGUGGUUUACUAUGGAUGACAGGAGACUCAUGUACUUCAAAGAUCCUCUGGAUGCCUACGCCCGUGGUGAGGUGUUCAUUGGCAGUAAGGAGAACAGCUACACUGUUCUGGCCGGCUUGCCCCCCUCCACACAGGGCUACCACUGGAACAACGGUAUCACCAUCGUAACGCCAGACAGGAAGUUCCUAUUUGCCUGUGAGACUGAGGCCGAGCAGCGGGAUUGGAUAGCUGCCUUCCAGAGGGUCAUCAAUCGACCAAUGAGGCCGCAAGAAUAUGCAGUGGAGGCCCAUUUUAAACACAAGCCUUGAAGACUGCAGGAAGCCUCAACUCAGCUAGACCGGCCCAGUCUCAUUUAGAUCAGAGACAAUCCCAAUGUGUGACCACAGAUCAUGGCUGGAGGUGGUGGGGUGGGGUUGGGGGAUUUUGGGCGGGGGGGAGAUGAUGAAGAAAAGAAGAGAAAGAGAUGGAGGGACUCAAGUCUAUCUAUGUGAAGAAAACUUGAACUCUAAUGGGACUAAAGGCCCAUCAUGGGGCGAAACGUUGGUAAUCAGAGGCCAAAGGGUAGAUGAUGUCAUCACUAUUGCGCCUACCAACCUUGUGCUAUACAUUAUCAUCCUUCCUUUCCUCAGCCAUGUGGACCCUUUUCCUGCAACAACCUCCCCUUUCUCGGAUUUCACCUUGUGAAUGGUUCAUUCUACCUGUAAUCUAAUGUAAUUAUGUAAUCUAGAGUCAUUUCACUGGUUGCUUAACAAAGACAAUGCAUUGCUAAUUUAUUGAAUGUACAGUUUUGAUGACAGUGGCUUACUGUGUGUGUGGAAUUGUGAUGUUUUCGUUGAGGACGCUGUGAGGUUGAACCUCUGGCACUGAAACCCUGUUUAAACCUGAACCUACAAAGUGCUGUUAACAACAAAUAUGCAUAAAAACACACAAACUCUCAGUGAUCACCGUCGCUGUUAACGUAGCUGGAGGUGGCUGAUCUGCAUCCAGACAGGGUUCUUUUAAAACCUCAAUCUGACAGCUGUUCUCUUAUUUAUUUGUACUGUUGAACAUAAUGAGUCAUUAUAGACAGUUAUUGCUGCUUUAAAGGAUUGUAAUGUGACAGGAUUGUAAUUUAUAUAACACUUCUACAGCUGUUUUAUUUACAUUUUGCAUCUUGUUUUAAAGACACGUUGUGUUGACCCUGAAAUCACAGUGAUAGUUUGUUUCAUUAUAAAAAUCUUAACAUUAAUACAGAUGAACCUGAAAUCAAGUGACAGCGUUUGAUUUGUCCUCAGUGUUUAAGACAUUUCAGUAUGUCUGUGUCUCCUUUUAGUACUACAUACUGUACAAAUCUGAUGCUCUUAAACUCAAGGUAGGUUGAUUAAAGGAUUAUUCUGGUUUAUCACAACUUGGGUCUUAUUUUCAUACUUUCCAGGCCGGGUGGAAAUCUGUUUGAAUGGGAGAGGAGCCAGACCUAUCUGCCAGAGCAAAUGAAACAUGAGCUCGGCAGAAUCGUCUGGUUCCCAGGCUAACAUACCACAGCAUUUAUAGCACAAACAAUGCACAAAACACAAACACUUAAUUUAAUUUUAACCAAACCCCCGGGUUAGCCUUGUGUUUCUUGCCUUGUCAGACUUUGAUUUAGUGAUGACAUUCCCAGAUCCCAGCAAUUAAUUUGGUUAACUAUAAAACGAACACCCAAGUUGAAAUAAACCAGAAUUAUCCUUCUAAGACACGGUAAACGUCCCAUUCUUUUUGAGCAUGUGUACUUUAAAGGCAUUGCUAUUAUGAAUGUGCAGUUACAUCCAUUUAUCCAACAGAUGGAGCUGUUCUGUUAAUUUUAUAAUGGAGAUCACAUAUUGUCUCUGUAAGGUGAAAUCUUCAUAUGGUGAAAUGCUCAUGAAAGGAAGGUAACAUUUUGUCAUCCCAAAGAGCAGUGGUUCUCAAUCUUGGGGGGCGUGGAUGUUGAACAGACCUUAAGUUGCAUGAAUAUGAUUGAUUCAUCUGGUGACAUAAACAGCAAAAGUGCUCUGAUGGUGUCAAGGCUGUUUUGCUAACCUGAAUCUUUUGUUUAUUUCAGUCACCCGGAUGACUGAUAAAAAUUAAAUCCACAUUUGCAGAGGUGGGGGGCCAUGAACCUUUUUCGGCUUCUGAAGGCUGUUGUGACAGAAAAAGUUUGAGAACCACUGCCAUAGAGGAACAUGUCAUCCUUGAACCAGAAAGAAGAGAUUAAAAUCACCAGAAUCAGA